AUGACCUCCACCCCAGGGACCAGCUACACCUCUAUUCCUAAUCAGAAAUACAGGCGCAGCACCCGUCGCUCCAGACACCCCUCGGACACAGAUUCCCAAGCUCUGGAAACACUUGGAUAUUUUCAAACACUUCCACUAGAGAUCUUUCAAAUGCUAUUGAAUUAUCUUUCAGUGAAGGAUAUCAGCAUGCUGAGCAUGGUGUCGAAAACCAUCAGCAACCACCUUAUGAAUUACAUCUCAACCUCAGCAGGAAACCAAAGGCUCUUACUGCGAGACUUCCAUAACCUUGAGCUACCUGGCAAGGGAGAAGGAUCCUAUAUUUUAGAGCACUACAAAUCUCUAGGAUUGUUGCUUAAAAGAUGCACCCUUCUCCUGCCUACUAAAGAGAGGCUGAAGUACAUACACAAGGUUCUUUCAGGAGUUUCCUGUUUCAAGCUUAGUGGUUGUCCAAGUCCUCUGCAUUGUUUGGGAUUACAGUGCUAUGGGGUAUUUUUACAGAUCCUAACAGCAGGCUGGGAUGAACUGGAGUGUCACCGGGUUUUUAACUUCCUCUGGGAGCUGAGCAGUUUAGCCCGUAAAGUACAGACAGUUGUGAGCAGCAAACCAGGAAGUGCCCAGAAGCUGGAGCUGAGGAUCAGGUUGUACUGUCGCAGUGUCUUGUUGAACCACUGGAUUCAUCGCAGCGACUCCGCGUUCUGGCUGACCCGGAUUUUGAAGCCAUGGCCCAUGGUUAACCAAGCUCGCCUGCUGUACAUCAUCUUUGGGCCAGUGUCCUCUCUUGAUGGACACGUGGUUUGGCAGAAAAUGAUACAAGGACCAACAGAUGAAGCCAGCCUGAAAGGUCUAGCAGAGGCCAUUAAACUGCUGUAUGAUGCAGAAGCUAGAGAAUGGACAGCAGACGAUGUCAUCAGUCUUGUGGAUGAGUUGUCAGUGGUUCCAAGGGAGUGGCUCAUGGAGAACAAUGCUCGGCUGCUCAUUCUGAGUGGAAACAACAUCUGCUUCACAUACUUGGCCAGUAAAGCUGUGAACGGGCGAGUAGCUGAGCUAGCCAGGCUCAUGGUGUUCCUGGCCUUGGUCUGUGAGAAGGACCUGUACUGCAUGGACUGGGCAGUAAAAAUGAUGCAGAAGGUCUGCAAAGUUUUCAGCACUCCAGGGGAGAGAAACUACUUUCUGCAGUGUCUGGAGAACGCCUUUGCUCACCUCAUCAUCGACAUGCUCCAGGCAGUGCUGUCUGGGGAUCGUGACGAAGAGGACAGCAGCUUCUUGAACUUGUUUCACCUUGUAAAUGCACAAGCGAACUUCCAUAAGGAAAUCCUGUACCUGAGCAUGGUCAGCCCCAGCAGCAGCUCCGCCUGAUGCUCCGGGGGUGCCGGAAUCUGCUCCAAUCCU